AUGUUAAAGAAAAUAGUAUUCAAUCAAUGUUUGAAUAAUGCAUGCAAAUCAUAUACAACAAUCAGUAGUAGUAGUAGUAGAUCAACGACGACGACGAUGAUGAUGAUCAAGACGCCAUCAUCUUCAUCAUCAUACAAUACAUUAAACAGAGUAUCGCAAGGUUACUGUUAUAACAGUAGCAGUAUACUUUCAUCACAUACAUUCAACAAUACAAGAGUACAUAGAUUUUGUACGUCAAAUAAUAAUAAUAUUAGCAACGAUAAUAAUAUUGUACAAAAUGAAGAUGUUGGAACACAUAUUGAAUCAUUAUACAAAGUAAAAGUCAAUCAAGAAUCAUUGGAUAGAUUAUUUAAAGAUAGUAAAAUGCAAUUCUCUGAAUCACUAUUAUCAUUGCAAUCGACACCAGAGUACAAAAUAGGCAAACAAUUGUUAAAUACUGGCAUUGUUAAAUAUCUAUCGGUACACUAUCCAAACAUGACUGAAUAUUUCAUGGAUCAUUUUAUUCGUUUUAUAUCAUUACCAGUUGUAGUUUCAAACUACUUUUUAAGUAAUCAAUUCGAUCAAUAUUUACAUUCUAAAAUACCUCAAGAAACAUCAUCAAUCGAUAGAGUAAAAAUAUAUAAUACAUUAUUUCUAAAUUUAAUUGGUACUAUUGCAAUUCAAACAAAUGACGAAACAAUAAUUGAAAAAGAAAUAAUUGGAGGAUUAAUUAAAUAUUUGGAUGGAUUAUCAUUUGACCAAGUUUCAAAACAAUAUAAAUUACCAGUGUUACAAGAUCUUGCAUUAAACAACCUUGAUAGUAAAGAAAUUCUAGUCGAUGCUCCACAUAUCCCACCAUGGUUCUACAGUAUUUGUCAAUUGAUCAUUCAACAUAUCGAUGCUUUUACCACUCUUCAAGCAGUCCUAAAUGAACAUUCAUUAUCAAAAGCUCAUUAUCAAUUGGUAAAAGAAGUUAAUAGAGGUACAGCAAAAUCAUUAUUCUUUCAUGUUAUUUAUUUGAUUAAACCAGAUGAAACCACUGAAAUCAUUGGAUAUGGUACAGGUAAAUCAAUUGAAAAAUCAAAAACCAACACUGCCAAGGAUGCAGUUGCAAGAUUCCUAUAUUUGAAUUCGACCAAAUAA